UGUUCGACCAAGAGGUACAAUAAAUAAAGAGCUCCCGGGCUAAACUGAGAAAUAAUAGUUUUCUACGUCCAGUUAUUAUACAGAUUAGUCUAUAAUACUUCUCGUGUAUAGCUAAUCACAACAAAAACAAUUCAAAAUGUUGAAAGAAUUGGUGAAAGAGCGACUAAUGGUGGCAGCCGAUGACAUUUUUGCACUGUUUGAACGAACUAUAGCGUCCUACGAGGAGGAACUUUCUCGAACAAGAGAGAAGGAGAGACAACAGCUGGCGGCUGAAAGCGAGUCGAAGAUGCUUGACGUUGACGAUGUCCAGCAGUUGAUUAGUUGUCAAGAAGAACGUCCCACUCAGUCGCAGGGGAGAAGCUUCACUCAGGAGCAGGAGGAUCUAAGGCCAUCUGACGUUAAAAAGGAAGAGAUGGAAUUCUGGAUCGCUCAAGAGGGAAAGUGUCUUCUCGGGCCAGAGGAGGCCGAUCCCACCGAGUUGCAACUGAUUGGUGCCUCUGUGAAGAUUGAAGACCAACCACCAGAGUUCUCAAAUCUUCCAAGCAGCAGCUCACCACAACACUUGACAACACAACCUGAUGGAGACCACCGUGAAGGAUCACAAGCAGACCAACUCUUAGCUCCACUAUCUGAUAGUGACUACACAACGUCACACUGUCCUGAGGAUGAAGACUGUGAUGACGCCCAAAAACCUUUGAGCAUCGACGUUGUGCGGACUGAUCCUGACAACAAACACUCUCAACUCUCUGAAAAGAAGCUCACUAAAGAUCAGUUUACCUGCUUAGUUUGUGCUGAAAGUUAUACAUAUAAGUGUGAGUUUACACGACACAUGCAGACACACAAUCAGCCUUUUAAAUGCUCAGUUUGUGAUAAAAUAUUCACUAAAAGGAAAACAAUAAUUGAACAUGCCAGAACACAUACGAAAGAAAAACCUUUUAGCUGCUCGAUAUGCGGUAAAAGAUUCUCCUGGAAGUCAAGUAUCACAACACACACAAAGUUACACUUGCCUGAAAAACCUUUUAGAUGUUCAUUUUGUGGGAAACGAUUUUCUCAAAAAUCACACGUGGAGUCACACAGAAGGAUACACACAGGUGAAAAGCCAUUUAAAUGCCAAUUUUGCGAUAAAAGAUUCUCUCACCGGUCAUCUAUGGCGUCACAUGUGAGACUGCACACGCGUGAAAAACCUUUCAGUUGCUCAGUUUGCGGCAAAAGAUUUACUCAGGAGUCUCAAAUGUCGUCACACAUGAGAACGCACACAGGAGCAAAACCCUUUACAUGCUCGAUAUGCGGUAAAAGUUAUUCUCAAAGGAAAUAUUACGCAGCACACCUGGGGACACACACUGGAGAAUAAUUUGAGUCUAAUCAAAAAUCAACAUGCAUUUCAAAUCAGUCCUACAGUAAAUAUGUAAUGUAUAAAAAUACUUACAAACCUUAACGUAACCAUGCAACUUUCAUUAUAUUUCUACCAUACCGUUAGUUAAGAAAGUGAAGGUGAUGUUUAAUGUAAAGUGUUUUGGGUAUCAUUCCAGUUAUAGUCAAGCGCUAUAUAAAUAAGAACUGUUUACCGUUUAUUUGUCAUGAUUUAGUCACUUUCAAAUAAGAUUAACAAACAUCACAGCUGAAGAAGAUUCCCAGUUGUGUUGCAUUUUGUGGUUCAGACAUGCUCCCAAAAUUAUGUUUCCAACCUAAGCUGUUUGGGACAUAAAUAUGAAACUUGUAAAUACAGUACGUAUGUCUAAGUCGGGGGUCGGUUACCCGCGGCUCCAGAGCCACAUGCGGCUUUUUAGCGCCGCUCUAGUGGCUCUCCGGAGCUUUAUCAAAAAUGUAUGAAAAAUGGAAAAAGAUGAGGGGAAAAAUAUAUUUUUUGUUUUAAUAUGGAAACAAACAUGACACAAACCUUCCUAACACCGUUAAUGUUAAACAGACUAUUUGGCGAGCGCCGUUUGUACUACUAAUUUUGGCGGUCCUUGAACUCACCAUAGUUUGUUUAGAUCAGGGGUCACCAACCUUUUUGAAACCAAGAGCUACUUUUUGGGUAGUGAUUAAUGCGAAGGGCUACCAGUUUGAUACACACUUAAAUAAAUUGCCAGAAAUAGCCAAUUUGCUCAAUUUACCUUUAACCCUAUGUUAUUAUUAAUAAUUAAAUGAUAUUUACACUUAAUUGAACAGUUUAAAAGAGGAGAAAACACGAAAAAAAUGACAAUUAAAUUUUGAAACAUAGUUUAUCUUCAAUUUCGACUCUCUAAAAUUCAAAAUUCAACCGAAAAAAAGAAGAGAAAAACUAGCUAACACGAAUCUUUUUGAAAAAAUUAAAAAAAUUAUUUAUGGAACAUCAUUAGUCAUUUUUCCUGAUUAAGAUUAAUUUUAGAAUUUUGAUGACAUGUUUUAAAUAGGUUAAAAUCCAA